ACUGUUACAGCAUUCAUUUGAUGGCUAUCACCAUGCGCUGGCAGUUGACGAUCUUGUGGCUUUUCGUUUCGGCUUCAGCCAGACCUGUGAUAAAGUAUCGCCGUCAGAUAGUGACGCCAAAGCACUUGAUGGGACCUCCGUUGGCGCCCAACUCACAGGCCAAGGUGGUGGUCACCCCGCAAAACCUGAGGGAGGUGGCCAACCUGCGGGCCUUGAUCCAAAAGGCCGUCGAUGAAGACACGUAUGUGGUGGCCGCUCCCCCACCACAGGUAAGUAAACCAACGAAAUUAUUCCCAUACUUUAUUCGAUGGACCCCAGCCUAGAGCGAUUUCAUUAAAAUAACUUCAAAUUAUAAUUUUUGAUCCACAAAAUAUACUAAACAUUUGGACUUUAAGAACUCGCGAGUAAAAAUUAUGGGUAUCCAUGGUGCCGAAUGUUUGCAUUAUUCCCAAUGCUAUUUUAAAGCAAUAAUCGAUGUGUAGUUAAUACCAAAAAACCCGUGGUUCGUUGUAAGCUUGGCUUACAAGUUGGCUUAUAGACUUGAAUAACACAUUGUA